ACAAUAGAAAUGGAGGGAAGAUCCGUCGGAAUUUUAAAAAGAAGGAGGAACAGGCUGGCACUCGACCAAAACGGAAUACAUAAUUUCACAAUUCUUACGGUGACUCCGGCGAAGAAUACCAGACAAACAAGACCACCGACAGUAGUAGAGAUAACGGAAGAUGACUUCGUAAACGUGCCAAAAGAAGGAGCUGAACAAGUAAAGACAACAGUCAAUUCAAACGCUUCACUGUUUAUAAAAGAAACGAUACCACAAAGAGAAGAGAUCAACCCCUUUGACAUCGCUGGAGACGAAUACAUUUUGUCGACGAACGUUAACUAUUAUCAAGAAAUGGAAAUCUCCAUGAACAACGAUCCAACGAUAAAUAAGGGCGCCCCGACGGCGUCAAAGCCGAACGUGACACUAACAAACAGCCCGGCUCAAGAGAAAGAAGAGAUAACGAGCAAACAAAACGUAAAAGAAAACAACACAACGAAUAAAGACAACGAAACAGACUUCGAGGAAGACCUAUUAAGGAUCUCACUCCCAAUAGAAGAGCCGACGGAGAACACAUCCGCCACGUUAAAACUGUACAAUAGAAAGGAGGGAAACAAAAUAGGAAAUAACGGAGCGCAGGGAAAAAUAAAACAUGACAGGAAUCAUAGGAAACACAACCAUCGUAACGGAAGUAUCACCAGCAACGGAACCAUUAUAAUGUAAAGGACAACCUACAAACUAAGGAAAAACUGGAGAGGCACGAUACGUACGACAAACAAGAAGAACAAAAACUGGACAAACGGAAAACGUAAUCCACGACGAAAGAAGAACAAAUCAACAA